UUACCCCGCUGUCCUUGAAUAUUAAGGUACGUACCCUGCGUGUUUCACUCCAGACGGUCAUCUUUAACGAUAAAUAGACCACACAGUCUCUCCUGUUGUGCAUCCGUAUAACACAAAGCAGAUAAGCAGCAGAUGGCCAUAAUUACCAUAUUACCCCUGCCGUCUCCGCACUCAAACGCCAGCUUCUCACUUCUCAACCGCCGCUUUUCUUCUCCUUUUCUAUCUCCCGCCGUGAAUCUCCGCCGCAUUACGCCGCUGCCUUGCGGCUUCCGAGUUGCGGCUGUUCCCGACGCCGGCGCGGCGGUUCUGCAUGACGCCGGCGCGGCGGUGGCUGUGAUGACCGGAGCGUAUGCGCUUGUCGCAACUUUCGAUACUCUCACUCAGCGCAAUAUUAUUCAGCAGAAAUUCAGCAGAAAAUUGGUACAUAUACUCUCUGGCUUUCUUUUCAUGGCCUCGUGGCCAAUUUUCAGCACCUCAACAGAAGCACGAUAUUUUGCUUCUAUAGUUCCUCUUGUAAAUCUGUCAAGGCUUGUGGUUAACGGCCUCUCAUAUGCUAAGGAUGAAGGACUUAUAAAAUCUGUUACUCGAGAAGGAAAGCCAGAGGAAUUGUUGAAAGGCCCUCUAUGUUAUGUCUUGAUUUUGAUUAUUUGUGCUGUUGUUUUCUGGCGUGAAUCACCUGUUGGAGUGAUUUCACUGGCAAUGAUGUGUGGUGGGGAUGGUAUUGCUGAUAUCAUGGGUAGAAGAUUUGGGAACUUGAAAAUUCCUUACAAUCAGCAAAAGAGUUGGGCUGGUAGCAUAUCCAUGUUUGUUUUUGGUUUCUUGAUGUCUAUUGGGAUGCUGUACUACUUUUCUGCCCGAGGUUACUUCCAGUUGGAUUGGAUCUGGACUAUCGAAAGAGUUGCUUUUAUUUCAUUGUUGGCAACUGCAGUUGAGUCCUUGCCUACUACUGGGAUAGUGGAUGACAACUUAUCUGUUCCUUUAGUAAGCAUGAUUGCGGCAUAUUUAAGUUUUCAGUAGUCGCCUUCUUCAACAGAGAAACUGCGGAGUCAUAGUAACAUUUGUUUGUACUGCGAGAUUACCUACACAACUAGAUGUCUGUAUCAAAGCCCAGAUUUAGGCUAUUCUAUGUACUGAUGUUCAUUCUUGGGGGAACUUGUGUCGCUAUAUCAUGCGUGGUGUCGGCUUUAUCAUUGCUUCCAUAACAAGACAGGAUGACAGAAAAGAGAACCAUGAACUACAAAAAUGAAAUUCGAGGUAAUGUUCUGUUUUUCUAAGUUAGAAGUGCAGCUGUAAAAUGAGUGGAGGGAGAAAAAAAAUGUGGCGGAGCAUAUGGAAGUGCAAGUCUGCAACUGCAAGUCAUCUGUAAUACUUCUAAACUACACACAGAUGAUGGAUAGCUUAAAUUUACAUUUACAUUUACAUUUUAGGAUUCUAUGAUUUUGGAGCAAACAUUAUUUGUGUUGCUUAUUGCAAACAUCUAUAUAUAGCAUUUGUUUAUCGGAAA